AUGGUUUGCGUGCUAAACGCCGUAUGUCGCAUUCUGCGUUCGUGUCGUGCAUAUAACUACCAACAGGCAGUACCUGCAGCACAGAAGAGCACUUGGGCCUCUUUCGUGAAAUCGUUGGCUAGCGUUUCGGGCGACCUGUCAUCUAUGACGGCGCCUCCGUUCAUUCUGUCUCCGACAUCACUUACUGAAUUUCCUGCAUAUUGGAACGAGCGCCCGGCGCUCUUUGCCGCCAUUGCUGAUGGGAAGACGGAGGAAGAUCGUGCCCUCGCGGUACUGAAGUGGUUCAUCAGCACGUUGAAGAGCCAAUACACCUCUCGGAAUGAAUCCAUGGGCUCGGAGAAGAAGCCCCUCAACCCCGUGCUCGGAGAGCUCUUCUAUGGGAUGUGGCCAGACGCCCCAGACCGUGGGGGUGUUACUACCUUGGUCGUUGAGCAAGUGUCACACCAUCCACCGAUCACGGCCUUUAGAAUUGAGAACAAGGCCAAAGGAGUAGUCCUCACAGGGCAUAACGCUCAGAAGACCUCUUUCAGCGCCGGCAGCAUUAUCGUGAAGCAGGUUGGGCAUGCGUUGCUCACUGUACAGACGGCUGAGGGUGCUCUUGAAGAGUAUAUCAUCACUCUACCUAAACUUCGAAUCGACGGUAUCUGGUAUGGCUCUCCAUACAUCGAACUUACCGAUACCAGCUACAUCCAGUCUUCAACCGGAUGGCUCUCGACAGUCGACUACAAAGGGAAGGGCUACUUCUCUGGAAAGACCCACCAGUUCAAGGCAACAGUCACUAAGGAUGGGAUGACGAAGCACGUUAUUGAUGGUUUGUGGCAUACUACAAGCAAGGACACGACCACUGGCGCAACUUUCCACGACGUUUCUUCCCCUAAGGAGGAGGUAGUCGUGGCACCCCUUGAAGAACAAGGAGAGUGGGAGAGUAGAAAACUAUGGUUUAACGUAGCCAAAGGUAUAAGGGAGGGCAACUAUGAUGCUGCCUCAAAGGAUAAGACACGCAUCGAGGUCGAUCAACGAAAGCGUAGACAAACCGAGAGGGAGGCGGGAACCACAUGGGAGCUUAAGCACUUCACUCAUUUAGAUAAUGAUCCAGUCUAUGAGCGUCUGUACAAGCUGUUCAAGGGUACGGGUCUUCCGGAGAAGGAAGAUGUAUAUGUAUACCGAGACAACGGACCACACCCUUGA